GCCAAACUGUUGAAGUCGUCGAAUCUGUUUGGGUUUUGGGUGCUUUCACCAUCUCACAAACUUGAAAGCAGUCAAAGACAAACUCACAAUAAAAACACAGACACAGACACAUCUCACACAACUCACUUACACACACCUACACACACACAAACACAAACACAAAACAACAUUGAAACCAACAAGGCAACAAACAAGCAUAUCCAACAUGAUGAACUCAAAAACCAUUAUUCUUCUGACUUCCCUUCUGGGGCCUUCAGUUUGGGCAGAGCAGGCCCUCUUUCGAGGUGCAAGGAAGCGCCAGAUGCUGACGACGGUAAAAGUCAUUGAAGACGAAGGCUGUCCUGCUCCCCCUUCAUUCUCUCCCAAUCGCUUCUACGAGGGCUUUGCCGAUUGCUCCAUGACAAAAGCUGACAUGGAAAUGCUGGACAUCGAAUCAGCGGCUUUCCGAUAUAUCACGGCCCAGGCAGAUCGUAUUCGAAGAGACAACUACACCUCCUGCUUCGAAAAAAGUCUCGAAGGGGGGCGUCCGUAUUUCUAUGACAACUUCGCGGUUCAUGGUGUGGCCCUUCUUGACUUGUUCCAACAGCUCCAACUGCUUCCAGCUCGCUGUAACGACUUGCACGAGCCUCUUCGAGAAGUUCUGCUUUCCCGAAUGAGCGUGCCGUUGGAAAAUGUUACGGUAGAAUCUCUGACUAGCUACACUGCACAAGAAACUCCUCCGAUUGAAUGGUGGGAAGACGAAUUCUUGCCCGCGGCAGCUAAUGCGUUCAGCUGCGGCUUUACAUCUCAAGACGAGACUUCAUCCCCGGGAAAGCUGCCAGCAGAUAUUCGUGAGGCGUUCCUUCGUCAAGAUCCAACCAUCCAGCGUGUGUGGAGGCUCAUGAAGGGCUAUCUUCGUUCACCGCAAAAGCAGAGAGAGAACGCCAAUCGUCAAGCUGACUUUGACGUCUCCCUGUAUGUCCCCUUUUUGAAGGUUCCCCUAGCCCGGACGUACAUGGGACUUGAGGGAUCUAUUGGCAGCAGUAUGAGAGUCGGGUAUCCUACCUACCAAGGCCCUGCCAUUUGGUUUCUUUACCACACAAUUGCUGCAAGAACUGCGGCAUUCGAACGUCAGUGCAACGCCAAUGUUGACAAGAUCCUAUCCACCUUUGCAAUCGUCAUCGCAUACUUUGGGACUACCCAUCCUUGCCCAUACUGCCGAGAACACUUCAUGUCUCGUGUGUCUAGGAAUGAUCGGGAUUGGCAGACAUUCGGAUUGGAGAACACGCUUUCUCCAUCGCAGUCCGAGUCCAAUCUAUAUCCUCUGGAAUACCUCUUUGCGGGAGGUGCCGGAGAAAGUGAUGGCUCUCUUCGUGCCAAGCUAGCUUCCAUUACUGAUGGAAACUCUUUGAUGCUCUAUUUGUUCAAGGCCCACAAUGCUGUCACUUCUUCCACAACAUUGAAUCUAAACUGCAGAACCUCUGAGCGAGCUGACAAUGACGAACUCUUUUCCUGUUUGCAGGAGGGCCCCAAGUAUGGCGACAAUGGAGUUGCUGGCACGGGAACAAUGGGCCGAGCCUGGCCAACGGCGAAGCGAUACGAGUUCUGGCUCGAAAAGGGGGACCUUUGGAGCACCCUACGUUUGAACGCUGAACUCCGCAACGCCUAUGAGACUUUGAAGGACCUCGACAACCAGUAUGGCGUGGAACUCCGUCAGAACUAUUGGUCUGCAGGGACUGAAGCAUCUCCUUUCAUGGAUCUUGUUGGACAGGAGGUUGUGGAGGCAACAGCGGCUUUGGAUGCCGCUAUGCUUGCCCUUGAUGUUCUCUAUACAGAAUACGACUUGUCGACCCCCCCGCAAUGCGAUCUCGCGGAAACCUCUUUGGCGGAGUUUGAACCAUUGGCUGUGCCACUUCCACUAAUGGAAGACGGAAACUUUCGAGCUCCGCCUCCAGCCUGCAUUGAAUACGCCAAGAACAACUUCAAAAGCGGCCGCCGCCUGCAGGAAGACUCUUUUGACACCAAAGACGAGGAAUGUGGCUCUGAUUAG